UCUGUCGGCAGCAGGACACCAUGAGAGUAACGGCUCUUUGUUUCCUCUCAUUUUUAAUUUGGGAUUCAGCUCAAGCUGCAGUCCUGGUUAGAAUUGAACCCAAUAGGCUGCAGUUCUUUAAAUAUGAGAGUUUUUCUGUGAGCUGUGAAGACCAGGAGGAGUCCCUGGAAGCAGCUCAACUGAGAGUGAUGAAAAUGACCCAGGAUGGAGAGCUUCACCCAUGUUCAUCGCCAUGCUCCAUCUGCGAUGCCUUCCCUGCCACAGACAGCGGAAAAUACUGGUGUGAAACCGAUGUGGGAACAAACAGCAGUGAAGUAAACAUCACUGUGACGGCUGGUUCUUUGAUCCUGGAGACACCGGUCCACCCUGUAACCAAAGGAGAAGAUGCAACUCUGACCUGCAGAUGCAAAGAUCUCAUUUCAGGUUGCAGCAACAACGUCGACUUCUACAAAGAUGGGAUCUUCAUCAGUACCAGUUCCCCGGGAACCAUGAACAUAACCAUCCAGAAUGUUUCCAGAUCUGAUCAAGGACUCUACAAGUGUUCUGUCUCUGGAGUGGGAGAAUCUCCAGGAAGCUGGGUGACUGUCAGAGCGCCCUCUGGGGGCCUCCUGGUGCCACGUCAGGAUUCAGACAUUAACCUUCUGUCUGGGUUUGGACUCAUUCGACAUCUGGUGGUAGCGACUCCAUAUGUCCUGUCCACCAUCUUACUUGGACUCAUAUUUAAGGACCAGAGGAAGAGGGAAAGAGGUGAGACUUGAGGUGUAGACCGGCCGGACGUGUGAAGACGUCAGAAUGCAGAAGAUCGCACAGCAAAGAGGCCUUUAGCUACAUGUAUGAAAAGAUGACCUGAUCAAGC